UUCUCAGCCUCAAAACAAGAACAACGCUGUUGUUCCAUUGCUAGAGCAAGAACUGUACUCCUCCCUUGACUGGCGAGGAAAGUCAGGUUCGUGCCUUUAGAUUGGAGAUCUCGCCAUCUUUUUCCAAGGAUUUGAUUGUUAGCAUGGAGAAAGGUUUGAGGGUUGGUGCUGACGAGGACCACGAGGAAUGGGUGCACGAUUCAUCCGUAGAUCACCGUGGGAGGCCUCCCCUCCGCGCCGCCACCGGGUCGUGGAAGGCCGCAAUGUUCAUCAUCUUGAUUGAGUUCAGCGAGAGGUUGAGCUAUUUCGGGAUCGCGACGAGCCUGAUGAUAUACCUCACCAAGGUGCUGCAAGAGGAAAUGAAGGUUGCGGCCAAGAACGUGAACUACUGGAUGAGUGUCACCACGCUGAUGCCGUUGCUUGGCGGCUUCGUCGCCGAUGGGUACCUCGGGAGGUUCUCCACCGUCGUCUUCUCGACCAUCGUCUACCUACUGGGUCUGGUCCUCCUGGCGACAACGCAGUUGGCGCCACGCCUGAAGCCUGACCACUCGCUGCACUUGCACGGGACGUUGUUCUUCGUCGGCAUAUACCUGGUGUCCGUCGGCACCGGCGGGCACAAGCCGGCGCUGGAGAGCUUCGGCGCCGACCAGUUCGACGAGAGCCACGCGGCGGAACGGGUACAGAAGAUGUCCUUCUUCAACUGGUGGAACUGCGCGCUCUGCUCGGGCGUCCUGCUCGGCGUCACGGUCAUCGUCUACGCCCAGGAGCGGGUCGGCUGGGGCGCCGCGAGCGUCGUGCUCGCGGCGGUCAUGGGCGCCUCGCUCGUCGUCUUCCUCGCCGGGUGGCGGUUCUACCGGUACAGGGUGCCGGAGGGCAGCCCGCUGACGCCGCUGCUGCAGGUCGUCGUCGCCGCCGCGAGGAAGAGGCACCUCGAGCUGCCUGCCGACGCUGGUGAGCUGUACGAGGUGAAGCCGCAGAAUAUCAAGAUGAGGCUGCUUUGCCAUACCGACCAGCUUAGGUUUCUCGACAAGGCGGCCAUAGUGGAGCACGGCGGAGGCGAGGAAGCGCGCGGGCCGUGGCUUCUGGCGACGGUGACGCAGGUGGAGGAGACGAAGCUGGUGCUGGCCAUGGUGCCCAUCUGGGUGUCCACGCUCCCCUUCGGCAUGGCGGUGGCGCAGGUGUCCACCUUCUUCAUCAAGCAGGGCAGCGUGAUGGACCGGAGCCUGGGCCCGCACUUCGUGCUCCCGCCGGCGUCGAUCUUCGCGCUGGCCGCCAUCGGCAUGAUCAUCACCGUCGCGCUCUACGACAAGGUGCUUGUGCCAUACAUGCGGCGCGCCACGGGGGGCGUGCGCGGGAUCAGCAUCCUGAAGCGCAUCGGCAUCGGCAUGGCGUUCACGAUCGUGGCCAUGGCCGUGGCGGCUGCCGUGGAGAGGCGGCGCCUCAACGCCGCGGCUCCGGCGUCCAUGUCGGUGUUCUGGCUGGUGCCACAGUUGGUGCUGAUGGGCGUCGGCGACGGGUUCGCGCUGGUGGGGCUCCAGGAGUACUUCUACGACCAGGUCCCCGACAACAUGCGCAGCCUGGGCAUCGGGCUGUACCUGAGCGUGAUCGGCGCCGGCAGCUUCCUGAGCAGCCUGGUGAUCACGGCGGCGGACCGCGCGAGCUCCCGUGGCGGGCACGCGAGCUGGUUCGCCAAGGACCUGAACCGCAGCAGGCUGGACCUCUUCUACUCGCUGCUCGCCUGCAUCGGUGCCGUCAACCUCGUGUUCUACAUGCUCGUCGCCGCCAGGUACUCGUACAAGACCGUCAAGGGCGCCGCCAGGGUCGGCGACGACAAAGCCGGCGACAUUGAGUGCGCCGCCGCUGCUUGAUUCUUCAUCAACCAGCUAGUUAAUUGGCAGCUAGCAAUUACUCCGUAGUAGAUAAAGGUGUAUGAUAAUAUGCAUGUCGUGUGAUCGUAUCACUCCAGCUAUGGUGCAUGCUUGGGAGGAUCGCUAGUUGCUUGGAGAAUGCUAGUGGACGGGCUGAAAUGCUCAGUUGAUGGGCUGAGCUUGGUCGGAUCUUUUUUAUUUUUAUAUUUUAAAAAAAUCGAAAAUUAUAAGUAUAUGUG